AUUCAGAUGCCACCCGGUUGAGCAAGUGCUACACGCGGGGCAAAACUGAGAAAGAGCCCUCUCAAGGAACGAAUGUCAAAUAGUCAAUUUCUUUGUAGAUAUUAGGAUACUCUUUGCUAGUUGUAUAGGGAACAAUUCGAGGGAAGUUUAUAAUUGCCAGAUCAACUGAUUCCUUUGUAUCUCCAACUCCAACGCUUUUUUAAUAGGCAAUGAGUGAUCUAUUAGGAGGGGGCAUGUUUCCUAAUGAGGUCCUUUUCAGCCUUUAGAAAGUGCGCGAACCCCCUGCCGCCAGACAUGGAAAUCCGGGAACUAUUUAAUCCUCGAGAUGUGUCACUGUGAGUGUCACACAGUCCAGAGAUUACAGGUGACAGGUAGUGCACACCCGACGGUUCCCACAAGCACUUUAUUUUGAACUAGGCACUUUUGAACUAGGCACCGAUGUCUGAACAACAACUUAUUUUGUGCAGCAGGCUACACGUUUUCUCCUGCCGGGUGAACACAGCUUGUUGAAUCAAAUUGAAAAGUAAGAUUUAAAAAAUGGAAGAUAUAUUAUUUGACUUGGAUCAAGAUGGCACUACAGACUUUGCCUUCUGGGGCCAGAUGGACCCUAACUUCCAGUUCCAGGCCCAGUUGGAUACUCUCCUCUUUGACUGCACCGCGGUCACGGGCCAGCUUUCGCCCUGGUCCUCGUUCGGUGGCCAGUCCAUGUUCCCUGACGCACAGAUGACCUUCACCGACCUGGACUCACAGUCUCCCGGCCUUGGAGCCAGUGCUGAAGUGGACAGCUCCUCUGUGGACGAGCCCCACGAGAUGAGCAAGCGCAGGCAGCGGCGGUUCGUGCCCCAUCAUCCGUACAAGAUCCAGCGACACGCCGCUAACAUCCGGGAGAGGAAGAGGAUGCUGAGUAUCAAUUCUGCGUUCGAAGAGCUAAGGUGCCACGUGCCAACAUUUCCCUACGAGAAGCGCCUGUCUAAGAUUGAUACACUGAGAUUGGCCAUUGCCUACAUUGCCCUCCUGAGAGAGAUACUGAUUUCUGGCUGCGACCCCAAGUCGUACGUGGACGAAUGCAUGAAGAAUGGUUACAAGAAUCAAACCAAUGCCAUUUGGAACACAAGCGAUCUGACAGCCCGGCUCUCCUGGAUAAAAUGGGAUUAACUCAGGAUGGAGCAACCCAAGUACGUUGGACAGGGGGCUGCUGGCGGGGGAUUUAUAACCCCCUUCUGUCUUUGUUUCAAUGGCAACAUCACAUCAGGGGCUGAGUGACAUCUGCAGACUUCUUAUCAGUUAAUGCACCUUUCUUUGCAGCUAGCCAUUCCCCUCACAGCCUUUAAUAUUUGAAUGUGGUGAUAUUCGAUUGGUAAUGGAGUGGCAGUGUUUUUCUGGAGUUGCCUGUUGUUUUACAGGGGAUGGGGGACCGGGGACAGACUUAAGCCCAUGGGGAUGGCAUUUCUCACAGGAGACAGAUGCAGCCUGGCAUGGGACCGAACAAACCUUGGUCAAACUAUUUUUUCUGAGUGUAAUACUGAAGUGCCUGUGUGUUCAUUUGAAACCAUUAGCUGUUGUUCAUUGUGUCUGACACCCAAAUUUCCCGUAAGUUAAUUUAACCUAAUUAAUUUAUGUAUUUAUUUCAUUUGUUUAUUAUUUAUUAAUCAUCGAAGAAGAAAAAAAUGUUGUUAUUAUUAUAAUUAUUUAUUUAACUGUUUUCAUUUUGAUGUGGCGGGCUGUUUAAACUGUAUCUUUAAUCAAUUGACAAUCAGACAUGAUUUAUUAUGUUGUCAAAUGGAACGUUUUGAUAUUCAUGAUACUUAUUAUGAAUAUGUGUUGUUUUUGUAGUGUCUGUGAGUAUAUUGCGGUGAAACUGUUAGGACUGGUGAAUGGAUUUGUACUCAAUGGCAAAUCAGGGAAUUUCUAACACACUGGCCGUGUGCGAAUGCCCAUACCUGCAUCCUAAAUAGUAGGCCAUUUGAGCAGUGGUGUAGAGGUGCCUGUAGAAGUGGGUAUACUCAAAUUUUGCCCACAAUUUCCCAAACGGCCCACCUGGUGAAGGGAAGGGACCCUGUGUGAAAAAUUCUAAUGACAAACAGUGACAUAUACUCUGAAUGGCCUAAAAUGAAAAUUCCCAUAUUGUGCAAGUAGGCUAAUACAGUAGUAGGCCUACUACUGAAAUAGAUAAAUGAGACUUUCAUCUGAGUCAGAAGUUCACAGGCUUCAGAUUUCCCACAUUUAUUUCAGGUUUUCACACUCAAAUCACACUUUUAAUAGAAUAACAAAAAAAAUGGGGCCCCCUGAGUGGCGCAGCGGUCUAAGGCACUGCAUCGCAAUGCUAGAGGCGUUACUGCAGUUCCGGGUUUGAACCCGGGCUGUGUUAUAGCCGGCUCCGAUCGGGAGACCCAUGCACAAUUGUCCCAGUGUCGUCUGGGUUAGGAGUGGGUUUGUUCGGCUGGGAUGUCCUUGUUCCAUCGUGCUCUAGCGACUUCAUGUGGCGUCCGGGUGCAUGCAUGCUGACUGCAAUGGUACAAUACUGUAACUACCAAUUGGAUAUCAUGAAAUUGGGGUAAAAAGUACAAUUAAUUAUUAUUUUUAUGUUCUAAGUCCACAAAAAUUAUUAAACCACAUAAGGAGACCACUUUUGAGGUCUGGGAAAUAUUUCAUACAUUUAGAUUUUUGAGUGAAGCUACACUUUAAUUCAACUGUGCAGGCAAAUAAUCAUGAUAUCAUUCUGCAAGGUAGGCAUAGGCUACUUUGUAGCUAGUUAACAUUUACAGUGCAUUCGGAAAGUAUUCAGACCACUUGACUUUUUCCACAUUUUGUUACGAUUCAGCCUUACUCUAAAAUUGAUUAAAUUAAUUAAUUAAUUAAAGUUUUCCCCCUCAUCAAUCUACACACAAUACCACAUAAUGAAAUAGCAAAAACAGGUUUCUAGAAAUUUUAGCAAAUCUAUAUUAAAAAAAAUGAAAUAUGACAUUUACAUAAGUAUUCAGACCCUUUACUCAGUACCUUGUUGAAGGGUCUGUAUUCAAUACCUUGUAUUCAGACCCUUUACACAGUUCCUUUGGCAAUGAUCACAGCCCCUAGUCUUCUUGGGUAUGACGCUACAAGCUUGGCACACUUGUAUUUGGGGAGUUUCUCCCAUUCUUCUCUGCAGAUCCUCUCAAGCUCUGUGAGGUUGGAUGGGGAGCGUUGCUGCACAGCUAUUUUCAGGUCUUUCCAGAUCUCUCUCUUCGAUCAGGUUCAAGUCUGGGCUCUGGUUGGGCCACUCAAGGAUAUUCAGAGGCUUUUAUUGGUCAAAUACCCAUAUUUACCAGAUGUUGUUGCAGGUGUGCCAAAUGCUUGUGUUCCUAGCUCCAACAGUGCAGCAGUAUCUAACAAUUCACAACAAUACACACAAAUCUAAAAGUAAAAUAAUGGAAUUAAGAAAUAUAUAAAUAUUAGAUAUGAGCAAUGUCAGAGUGGCAUUGACUAAAAUACAAUGGAAUAGAAUACAGUAUAGACAUAAGAGAUGAGUAAAGCAGUGUGUAAACAUUAUUUAAACAUUAUUAAAGUGACUAGUGCUCCAUUAUUAAAGUGGCCAGUGAUUCCAAGUCUAUGUAUAUGGGGCAGCAGCCUCUAAGGUGCAGGGUUGCGUAACCGGGUGGAAGCUGGCUAGUGAUGGCUAUUUAACAGUCUGAUGGCCUUGAGAUAGAAGCUAUUUUUCAGUCUCUUGGCCCCAGCUUUGAUGCAGCUAUACUGACCUCGCCUUCUGGAUGAUAGCGGGGUGGACAGGCUGUGGCUCGGAUUGUUGAAGUCCUUGAUGCUUUUUUUGGCCUUCCUGUGACAUCGGGUGCCGUAGGUGUCCUGGAGGGCAGGUAGUUUUCCCCCGGUGAUGCAUUUGGCAGACCACACCACCCUCUGAAGAGCCCUGCGGUUGCGAGCAGUGCAGUUGCAGUACCAGGCAGUGAUAGAGCCCAACAGGAUGCUCUCAAUUGUGCAUCUGUAAAAGUUUGAGGGUUUUAGGGGCCAAGACUGUUGCACCUUCUUCACCACACUGUCGGUGUAGGACCAUUUCAGAUCCACAGUGAUAUGUAUGCCGAGGAACUUGAAGCUCUCCACCUUCUCCACUGCGGUCCCAUCGAUGUGGAUAGGGGCGUGCUCCAUCUGCUGUUUCCUAAAGUCCACGAUCAGCCCCUUUGUUUUGUUGAAGUAGUGUGAGAGUUUUUUUCCUGGAACCAGUGUGAUGGCAAUUGCAUUGUCUGUGGAUCUAUUGGGACGGUAUUGAAGUGGGUCUAGGCUGUCAGGUAAGGUAGAGAAUCCUUAGGGUCAUUGUCCUGUUGGAAGGUGAACCUUCACACCAGUCUGAGGUCCUGAGCGCUCUAGAGCAGGUUUUUAUCAACGAUCUGUCUGUACUUUUCUCCAUUCAUCUUUCCCUUGAUCCUGCCUAGUCUCCCAAUCUCUGACGCCGAUAAACAUCCUCACAGCAUGAUGCUGUCACUACCGUUGUUCACCGUAGGAGUGGUGCCAGGUUUCAUCCAGAUGUCAUGCUUGGCAUUCAGGCCAAAGAGUUCAAUCUUGGUUUCAUCAGACCAGAGAAUAUUUUUUCUCCUGGUCUGAGUCCUUUAGGUGCCUUUUGGCAAACUCCAAGCGGGCUCUCAUGUGCCUUUUACUGAGAAGUUGCUUCUGUUUGGCCACUCUGCCAUAAAGGCCUGAAUGAUGGAGUGCUGCAGUCCUUCUGGAAGAUUCUCCCAUCUCCACAGAGGUAAUCUAGAACUCUGUCAACGUGACCAUUGGGUUCUUGAUCCCCUCCCUGACCAAGGCCCUUCUCCCCCGAUUGCUCAGUUUGGCCGGGCAGCCAGCUCUAGGCAGAGUCUUGGUGGUUCCAAACUUCUUCCAUUUAAGAAUGAUGGAGGCCACUGUGUUCUUGGGGACAUUCAAUGCUGCAAACAUUUUUUGGUAUCCUUCCCCAUAUCUGUGCCUCGACACAAUCGACCUCAUGGCUUGGUUUUUGAUCUGACAUCAACUAUGGGACCUUAUAUAGACAGGUAUGUGCCUUUCCAAAUCAUGUCCAGUCAAUUGAAUUUACCAUAGAUGGACUCAAAUCAAGUUGUUGAAACAUCUCAAGGAUGAUCAAUAGAAACAUUAUGCACCUGAGCUCAAUUUCAAGUAUCAUAGCAAAGAGUCUGAAACCUCAUGUUUAUGUGAUAUUUCUGUUUUUUUCGUUUUCAUACAUUUGCAAAAACUUCUAAAAACCUGUUUUCACUUUGUCAUUAUGGGGUAUUGUGUGUAGAUUGAUGACAUUUGUUAUUUAUUUAAUCCAUUUUAGAAUAAAUCUGCAACGUAACAGAAUGUGGAAAAAGUCAAGUGGUCUGAAUACUUUCUGAAUGCACUAUAAUUUAGAAGGUUUUUGGGAAAUCCUUUCCAUCAACCACAAGACGGCUAGGCCUAUCAUUAGCAACACUAAACCUGGACAUUUUACUUCAUAUUAUGAGGCAUGUCUUACCUUGCUUCAAAAUAGCCUACAGCCAAAAUCCCCCCCCUAGAAACAUGGAGGUAAUUAUUUUAUAAAGAUAUGCUUUCUCCUGUUAUAUUGGUUUUCAAAUCAACUUUAUUUCAUUGUCCAGCAGCCAAAGGCAUUAUCCUUGUAAUAUUAGCAACCCAUGAUAGUUGUUGCAUCUUUAGAUCUCCUCUCUUGCUACAUUUCUAACAGAUAUUUCCAUCUCUGUCCAUGAAACCUCUUUCAUGUGCAGUGCACAUUUUAGAACUGUGUUUUCCAGCAAAUUGCAUUUUGGAACAUUUGUGCAUAGGCUGCUGUGUGCACACUGCUGCGCUUAAAAUGUGAAGAAAUAAUACACUGAACAAAAAUAGAAAUGCAACAUGUAAAGUGUUGGUCCCAUGUUUCAUGAGCUGAAAUAAAAGAUC